GACAACAUGGCGGCUACGGCGAGCCGGAGCUGCGAGGUUUGAACCACGCGGCUUGCAGCUCUUGCACGCCUGAGGAUGGCGUCUCCGGUUUCGUGUGGCUCGCGUCGCAGCCCGGAUGAGUUCCCUGAAGACCCGUCUUCCCAAGAAGAUGAGGAUUGCGAUCGUGAAGACCGGGUCAGCUCCUCGGGUUCCUACUCCUCAGCGAGUAGCGAUUACGUUGAUGUUGAACCUGAAUGGCUGGACAAUGUGCAGAAAAAUGGAGAAUUAUUUUAUUUGGAAUUGAGUGAAGAUGAAGAAGAAAGCCUCCUUCCUGAGACUCCUACUGUGAACCAUGUCCGGUUCAGUGAAAAUGAAAUUAUAAUUGAAGAAGAUUACAAAGAAGGAAAAAAGUAUGAACCUAAGCUGAAGCGGUUUACCAAAAUUUUAAAAAGUAAAAGUCUUUUACCCAAGCGCUACAAUAAAAAAAAUAGCAAUGACAAUGAGCCAGUGUCCAUUCUAAAGCAUCAGUCCAACCCAAAAACAGGAGUUGUUGUCCAACAGCGGUAUAAAGAUGUGAAUAUUUAUGUAAACCCCAAAAAGUUAACUGUAACCAAAGCCAAAGAGCAGCUCAAGCUUCUGGAAGUACUGGUUGGGAUUAUUCAUCAGACCAAGUGGAGCUGGAAAAAAAGUGGGAAACAGGGCAGUGGAGAGAGACUUGUGGUCCAUGGCCUGCUACCAGGAGGAUCUGCUAUGAAGAGUGGUCAGAUAUUAAUUGGUGAUGUCCUUGUUGCUGUGAACGAUGUUGAUGUGACCUCUGAGAACAUAGAGAGAGUUCUGUCUUGCAUUCCUGGACCUAUGCAGGUAAAACUGACAUUUGAAAAUGCAUAUGCUGUGAAAAAGGAAACAACUCAACCAAGACAGAAAAAGGCACAGUCUAACACAAGUGAUUUAGUCAAACUUCUAUGGGGAGAAGAAGUUGAAGGUAUCCAGCAAAAUAUCCUAAACACUCCUCACAUCGUUAUGUAUCUCACACUGCAGCUUGACUCAGAAACAUCAAAGGAAGAGCAGGAAAUUCUUUAUCAUUGUCCAGUAUCUGAUGCAUCUCAGAAACUUAAAAAUGUGAGAGGAAUAUUUCUUACACUCUGUGACAUGUUGGAAAAUGUAACUGGGACACAAGUUACUAGCUCAUCCCUUCUUUUGAAUGGGAGACAAAUCCAUGUGGCUUAUUGGAAAGAAUCUGACAAGUUGUUGCUAAUUGGCCUGCCUGCUGAAGAAGUUCCUCUUCCUCAGCUAAGGAAUAUGAUAGAAGAUGUUGCCCAAACCUUAAAAUUUAUGUAUGGUUCUUUAGAUAGUGCCUUUUGCCAGGUUGAGAAUGUUCCUCGUUUGGAUCAUUUUUUCAACUUGUUCUUUCAAAGAGCACUUCAGCCUGCUAAACUACAAUCCAGUGCCUGUCCAAGCGCACAACAAUAUGAUGCUUCCAGUGCAGUGCUUUUAGACAGUCUCCCUGGAGUUCGAUGGCUCACACUUCCUCAGGAAAUCAAGAUGGAGCUAGACACAGCAUUGAGUGACUUGGAGGCUGCAGAUUUUGCAGAACUGUCUGAGGAUUACUAUGACAUGAGACGGCUGUAUACAAUUUUAGGAUCUUCUCUAUUUUACAAGGGGUAUUUGAUAUGCAGUCAUUUGCCUAAGGAGGACCUUAUUGAUAUUGCUAUAUACUGUCGCCACUACUGCCUACUGCCUUUAGCAGCAAAACAAAGAAUUGGUCAGUUGGUUAUAUGGAGAGAAGUGUUUCCUCAACAUCACCUCCAACCUUCUACAGACUCAAACACUGAAGUCUUUCAGGAACCUGAAGGCAGAUAUUUUUUGCUAAUUGUUGGCUUAAAGCAUUAUAUGUUAUGUGUACUAUUACAAGCUGGAGGCUGUGCAUCCAAAGCUAUUGGGAAUCCUGGACCAGACUGUAUAUAUGUGGAUCAGGUCAAAACAACUCUUCACCAGCUGGAAGGAAUAGAUUGUCGCAUAAAUGAACAGCUAACAUCUUCUCCAAGCCCCUGUUUGUCUUGCGCUGACUGGUUCCUUACUGGAUCACAUGAAAAAUUAGAUAGUUUGACAACCUCACCUAUCCUCAGUAAACUACCAGGUACUUCCAAGGUAGUAACCUCUCCAACAUGCAGAAGAAUUCUUUUUGGUGACUAUUCCUUAAGGACACGCAAGCCUAGUCCUUCCCGUAGUAGUGGAGGAUCUGACAAUGGUUGCGAAGGGGGAGAAGGUGUUGGCCUGAGCUCCCACACUACCCCGGAUGCAUUAUGGAAACAAAGAGAAUCUCAGGGUUCUGACGGUUCAGAAGAAAGUGGAGCCUUACUUAAGGUCACUAAAAAGAAAGCUACUCUUCCAAAUCCAUUUCAUUUAGGGAACUUGAAAAAGGACCUUUCAGAAAAAGACCUGGAAAUAUAUAACACAAUGAAAUUAACAUCUGGUCCUGAGAACACACUUUUCCACUAUGUUGCCUUAGAAACUGUGCAAGGGAUCUUUAUUACUCCAACCCACGAAGAGGUGGCACAGCUAAGUGGCUCUAUCCACCCUCAACUAAUAAAGAAUUUCCAUCAGUGUUGUCUCUCCAUUCGUGCAAUUUUCCAACAGACAUUGGUAGAAGAGAAAAAGAAAGCACUACAUGGUGGAGAUCAUUCAGGUUCUACAAAUUCCAUAUCUUCUCUUAACCCUGUGAGAGAACAUGGUGUGUUGUUUGAAUGCUCACCUGAAAAGUGGACAGAUCAGAGAAAAGCACCACCAGUUAUGGCUUACUGGGUAGUAGGGAGACUUUUUCUUCAUCCCAAACUUCAAGAACUUUAUGUCUGUUUUCAUGAUUCAGUCACAGAAAUUGCCAUAGAAAUGGCUUUUAAAUUGUUCUUUGGAUUAACCCUGUAGCUGUGCUUUCUUGAUGCACAGCAACUGUGCAUAUAACAGAGAACCAUGUUAGAAUUGCUGAAACCCAUACACAAGAAGAUAAGGGUAGCUUCUUUUACCUGUUCAGUUUUGAACAUAAUGCUGUUAAAUAUUGAGGUGAUAUGCUCUUGGAUUUGAUGCACUAAAUCUUAUAUAGUAUUGUGAGGCUUUUGAAAAGAUACUUGAUCAAAAUAUGAAGAAGGGAUUGUUAACUUAUUUCCAUUCUAGUAUAUAAUGUUAAUUUAUUGACUAGUUUGAAAUAAUGUGAAGUGUGUUAUAUAAAAUUAAUAGAGGACAUAUUUGUUGUCAAGACUAAUAAUGAUAUCUGGUAAAAGAAUCACAAAAUCUGGAGGGUGUGACCAGGUCCUGAAUUAAUUAGUGCUCUGACAAUAAGCAAGUGUUUAUACCUCUCUGAGUUCAGAAUUUUCAUUACAAAUGAGAUGAUUGUAUUGAGACUUCUAACGUCCCUCUUAAGUAACAAAGCAGUUUUCUUCUUGCCUACUGCUCAGUACCUACAUUUGUAAUGUCCAAGUACUGAUUCCCUAUUAGAUCAAAUUCUUUUCUUUAGUUUAAGCAUUUUAAUAGAUACCUCACCAUGCGGUAGAACUGAGGAAUGAAAAUUUAACUUAUUUUUCUAUUUAUUUGAUUUUCUCUACUCUUUCCAGUCAGCUCUAGCUCUACUAGAAUAUAGUUUUUGAACUAUUUGUACAUAAACUUAUUUUUUUCAGGUAUGCACACACAUUUUAUACAGUUCAUAAAUUUCAGGACAGCUAUAUGUAAUCUUUUAAAAAAAUCUAAUCAUGUUAAAAACACUGAAAAAGUUGGAUUAAAGAAAUCCUAUGAUGACUUCUUCUGUUAAAUACUAAUGUCUGUCUUAUAAAUAUAGUUAGUUAUAUCCUGGGUUUUCCCAAAGGGAGGUACCUUAAUGAACAAUAGUUUACUUGAUUGACCUUUAGUAGAGAAAGAAAACUAAUGAGAUAAGAAUUUUCUUUGGCAGUGGGAAUUUGGUGGAUUGAGAAAACCUAACAAAUACUGCAUUGUUAAUUAACACUUUACCCAGUGGAUCCUCCUGAAGUCUCAUAUGCCCCCAGACUACAAUAUUGGGGUUUUUUUCUUCUUCAGGACUUAAGCUCUGUAAGGGAAAUUCUGCCAACACGUCUAAAGUCAGUCUCUAUUGCCCCCUCCUUGAACGCCUGGAACAUGGGCCUCCAGUGUUAGAACCAAGUGUAAAACACAGUGGGUGGCUUAGAAGAAACACUGUUCUCUCUGUAUAAUCAGCUUGAGAGAUUUUCAUCCAGAUCUUUUGUCCUAUUAGUGGCUUGUGAGCCUUAACCGGGCAAGAAACUUGGGUUCUUGAAAUGUAAAAAAUGGCUGGAAAUAUCCUCCCCUUAAAAUCACAGUAUUGGUCAGGAUGGUAGAUAGACUCAACCACUGCCUUAGCUCUGUGUACAUAUGUGGGUAAUAAGGCAGUUUGUUUAAAAGUAUUUGUUAAAUACCUAAAAUUUCUUAAUGUGUCCCCCAAAACACCAGGAGCUAUUUUCAAUACCAAGACUUAUUAAUAAAUGUAGCUAUUAAUCAUCUCAGAGUUUCAAAAGACUGAACUAAAACCUGGGGUUUCAUUAUAAGGGCUUUUCUGUUUUGUUUAAUGAAAUUUUGGCCUUUUGAACUGCUUUCCUGGUGUCAAAGCAUCUUGAGAUCACCGAUCAAUAACUAAAAUAAAAAGACAAAAUAGACUACUUAAUAAGAGAAAAAUCAUUUGCUAUAUUAUAGAUAUAUACCCUGUUGCAGAGACAUUGCAUUUUUUUUGAAACAUUGCAUUUUUUAAUAAAUAAAACCAAACAUCGUGGUUGUCAUCUCUAAAUGGAUACCAAAGUAAGCACUGUAACUAAACUAAACCUAGCUGCCCAUUUUUCCAAAUAUAUUCAGAUACACAUCUGAAAGAUCAAUCUGGUUAUUGGCCAAAGAGUGCCUAUCUGCUACUUUAUUAAAUAAAAGGGAACAAAGUGAUGGUGCAGAUACCCCAGAGAGUAUGCUUUAGCUGAUAUAGAAACAUUAUUAGCAUUCUGCAAAUGUUCCCUUCUACCAGAUUAUUAAUGCAAAAGAUUGUAGAACUAUCAUUUUUGGAAAUACCAAGUACUGUUUAAUAUCACCAUCAUAUAUCUUUUAGCCCCCCAAAACUACAUUUUAGAUUCUACACCUUCCUUCCUUCUCCCUCCUUCCCCUUUCUUUAGCAUUCUUUUGUUUCUUUGUUAGAUUAGAGAACUUUAUUUAGUAAGGGAUAGUUUCUUAUUUGUGCCAAGGAACUGUUAAUGAUGAUGCACAUCACAAGAUAGUAAAUUUGUGGUGCCUACUUUUUUAUAUUUCUGAUACAAAUGGUAAAAGUUAUGAAACCAAUUUACUAGAUUUGUCUGCUUUGAACAUUCUUAAAAAUAAUAUUGUGAAUUAUUAUUUGUUGUCUUUGUAAGUUCCUUCUAAAUAGUGCCUGGCACAUGUCACGUGCUAUAAAAGUGCUAGCUACUACCACCACCACCACUUAUUAUUAUUAGAUGAUAUCCAUUGGUUAAAAACCAAGGAGUCAGCUAAAUCAUACCUGCUACUGUACAAAAUGUUGGAAAAAAAGCAGAGAAAAGUUAUUCAGCACUAAACACUUUUGAGAACAAGGAUGUAUACUUUAUUUUAAAAUCUAUUAUUAAAUGUUACUAAAACUUUUAUCUAUUACCUAAACUGUGUGAAUAUAAUUUAAUUUUGUAGAGUUGUAUUUCUAUAUUCUAUAUAACUGAAGCUAUUUUUAUAUUGAUAGUCUUUAAUAAAGA